AUGAAGUUUUUUGCCACUGCUCUAGGUCUUCUGGGCCUUGUCCCAUUGGCAGUUGAUGCUUCAACAACAUCGCGGACUCUCACCCCCGCGCAUCCUCCUGGCCACAAUGCUAGUGACCCAACUCAUUUGUCUCCAGCAGUCACGCAAAAUCUCCACUUCCGCGAGAAUGGGAAAACUGAAAACGACACAUCCUCCUUUGGCCAUAUGGUCUCGAACUUUAAUCACCCCACAGUCGUUCUAGACCAUUCCUUGCACAUUUCUAGUGUCACCUGUUCCCCAGGUGAAAUGAACAUCUGCUUCGAGUCUGAGGAUGCCGAGCGUCAGGCCAGUGAAGAGUGGAAGCUAAGCCAGUCGCCCCUUAUCCUGGCGACCUACCACUCUGGCUGCGGUGACUACUCGAGUGGUGCACGAAGCUAUUGGAACGUGUCCUCGAUUACCUUCCAAUCGGGGCAGCGAUGCGCGCGUGCCAGUGUGACUGAGGUGCCGCUGGAGGAGGCGGCUAAGGACUUCGACCUGGCAUUCGGCCAUUACCAAACCGCAAAUAAUGGAGCAGUAACUCGUCGCAGCACAGGAGAUACGAUGAUCGCCUCAAGCAGCACUGAAGACAUUUCCGAUGACCCGGAAGCGCUUUCUGACUUCUUUGGCAUAGAGAUCACAGAGGACUACACCGAAGUGCCGGAAGCCGAGCCUCUCCAAUACAACGGCUCUGCAACGAUUGCAAGGAGGCAAGUACUUCAUCGAAGAUCGGUCAUAGGUUGGUUUAAGGAGAAAGUUACGCAAGUGAAAGAAGCCGUUGUGGAAGGAUAUCAUAAAUAUGUUGAGCCGGUCGUCAAAAAGGUUGUCGAUUUUGGCGAGAAGAUUGGGAACUUGAUCCAGGAUGCUCUGGGUUACGAAUGGAGUCUUGCAGCAUCGGUCAGUCAGAACUGGAAUAUAAAUGGGAAGGGUACUCAGAAGGUUCCCACCACGUCUGGUCUGUUUGGCGAAGGCGAGGGCCUAGUAAUUGCGGCUAGUGGGGUCUUCCCAGGUGAGCUGAGCUGCGAGAACUGCUACGCCAAGGGUGAUGUGUCCGUCUCUGGUCACAUUGGAUGGAGCAUCAGUGAUGGCCUCAAGACAGGCUAUCUCAAAGCCGGCGGGUCAUGGGACUCCCAAUUGGCGCUGGCUAUGAAGCUGCAGGGCCAGAAGAAGAUUGAGGGAUACAAGAAGCAGCUGCUGUCCAAGAAUCUGGUCAACCUUGAGAUCCCCGGCGUCAUCAGUAUCGGGCCUGAAGUAUCGCUCAGUGCCGUCAUCGAUAUCUACUUCCAAGCCCAGGCAAACGUCCUCAUCGGAGCCCGCUUUGAGGUCUCCUCGGGUGAGGCAUACUUGGACCUAGUCAGCACGGCGAACAAUAAGCUCAGCGGGUUCAACACCAAGUUUACGCCCAUUUCCAAGUUCGACGGGGCCGAGGCGACGGUAACUCUCGACUUUGGCCUGCCGCUUGGCCUGGAGUUCGGCAUAGAUUUGCUCAAUGGCAAAUGGAAACGUACCGCCGGCAUCUUCGACCAGCCUUCAUUCCAGGUCGUUGGCAAAGCCCCAUCGUCGGAUUGCAGUGGCAUUGAUGUCAACCUGGUAGUGCAGAACUACUUUUACCUUAGUGUGGGCGGUCUCUAUGACUAUUCCAUCGACCUGCGCGAACUGUGGAGCAAGCCUUUGGGAUGUGUCGGGACUUCCCAAUCCUCCAGCAAGGUGGCACAAAGAUCUUUGGACAGCGAGAAGAUCACCAUCGAAGCCCGCCAGUCCAACACCACCCUCGAGGAUCCUGGACAAGCUGUCAACGAAACCUUCGGCAACGGCGGCAGCUCAUCACAGCCUCCGACAUUGGUUCCUGUCGCCGUGAACGAGACCGCUGUCGAGCCUGUCACUGGUUUCUCCUACAAGCUGGUCUCGGAUAUUAACGAGACAGCCAUCAUGAUCUCGGGCAAGGAAGAUCGCAUCUACCUCGCCCCGUAUGGUGACCCAGAUGCCAGUAGCGGCGCUCCCUUUGCCGUGGAGGCUGAGGCCUCCGAAUUGGUGCUCAUCGGCGACGUUUUUGGUGGAUACUUCAACUACAACCCCACCGAGAUGAAGCAAGCCGGAGUUAGCAACCUCCGCUCCUCCAGAUUGACCAAUAUACCGGUCGGUUCCAAAUUCAUUGCUUUGGCCGAAGUCCCUACUGAAGAACUUGGCAAAUCCUCAGGUAUGUACGUGGGGGUGGAUGAGGAUAACUUCUACGCCCUCGUGGCGUGCAGUGUGAUCGACAUGGGGACUCGCGUAUAUGUGGCCAACGCCAGUACCAAUGCGGUGGAUAAGUUGAACAACAACGAACUCGCGGAUACUGUGGUGGGUGGUAAUGUCCGCGGGUGCCAAUAUGUAUAUCUGACAUCUGGCACGAAGGGGUUGGUUGUGAUUUGA